AUGAUUGAAGUGACUCGCAGUCGAUCGGUUUCUGACCUUGCCGGCUACUAUCGCUAUAGCGACAGGUACAAGCCACAGUGGCAUACAGUUUAUCAGACUGUACCAUACAAGUGGCGUCGCGAUUGGGACUUGUACGAUGACUACUGGUACGAUCGCUACUACUACUUUUCACCACUCUACUACAGUACCUACAGUCCAAUCAGACGGUAUUAUUACAGUGAUUAUCUACCUAAUCCUUACUACUGGAAUCCUUAUACAAGUUAUUGGACCCGUUACAAGGGUUACUGGUAUGACUACGACUAUCCGUACUACUACCGCCGCUAUUGGAAUUCUGCCUACUACAGAUAUCUCUACGACACCUACACCCCCUACAGAUCCUACUUACUGGACUCGCUUUCGACAUCUCUUGGGCGUGGGUUGAGCAUGUAUAAGGCAGGCCUCAUACCAUACCGAACGCUUGAUACCUACUGGCUAACUCCAUCGUAUUGGGAUAGACGUUUCAAGGACUGGCGAGAGCUGUACUCUACCACGAAGGAUAUCUACCUACCGACAACCUUCGAUAGGAAGACACGCUCGUAUUUUGCUAGCUGGUCCACAUAA